AUGCAAGUAUCCGAAGUUCUUCCAAGUGCUCGGCAGGAUUUAAGAAAAACUGAUAUUUUUAUAUUUACUCUUUUAGAAUAUGGUGCUCGAUUUGUUCAAACAACUGAAUACGCAACUAUUCAUUCUGAAGUGCCAAAUUUAAAAGCGAUAACACCACAAAAAUAUGAACAAGAACGUUCAUCUGAUCAACGAGAAGAUCGAUUGUACGACAGUGUCUGGUCAUUUAGUAGUCUCGAGCAUGAUGAUCUUGGCUGCUAUUCCGAUCCGUUGAAUCCGAAUGGUGAUAUGCAGACAAUGACCAAACUCCCAUGCAUGUUGAAACCCGUUGGAAUUCUUGUGUUAACUAUGCCAGCAUUAACCAGUGGUAGAAUUUCGUUCAACGUUCAUUGUGUCUAUGGUCCUAUUUGA